CUCUUGGAGCUUCGUUUCUUUUCGCUUCGCUGCCUGACCGGAAAUGCCGCCGAAAGCCGCGAAAUCGAAGGAAGCGCCGGUGGAGAGGCCGAUCCUCGGCCGGUUCUCGUCUCACCUCAAGAUCGGCAUCGUUGGAUUACCAAAUGUUGGCAAAUCAACGCUCUUUAAUACCCUCACAAAAUUAGCUAUACCGGCAGAGAAUUUCCCCUUUUGCACCAUUGAGCCAAAUGAGGCCCGAGUGAAUAUCCCAGAUGAGCGGUUUGAAUGGCUUUGCAAUUUGUUCAAACCAAAAAGUGAGGUCCCAGCUUUCCUAGAAAUCCAUGAUAUAGCUGGGCUAGUCAGAGGUGCUCAUCAAGGUCAAGGCUUGGGCAAUAGUUUUCUUUCCCACAUCCGUGCAGUCGAUGGGAUUUUUCAUGUUCUUCGUGCCUUUGAAGAUCCUGAUAUUAUACAUGUUGAUGACUCGGUUGAUCCUGUGAGGGAUCUAGAGGUUAUUAGUGCCGAAUUACGAUUAAAGGAUGUUGAAUUCAUGGAGAGAAAGAUAGAGGAUUUGGAGAAGAGCAUGAAGAGGAGCAAUGACAAGCAAUUAAAGAUUGAGCAUGAAUGCUGUAUGAAGGUCAAGGCAUGGCUGGAGGAUGAAAAAGAUGAAAAAGAUGUUCGUCUUGGAGAGUGGAAAGCUGCUGAUAUUGAGAUAUUGAAUACCUUUCAACUGCUUACAGCAAAGCCAGUUGUCUACUUGGUUAAUAUGAAUGAAAAAGAUUAUCAGAGAAAGAAGAACAAGUUUUUGCCCAAGAUUCAUGCUUGGGUGCAGGAGCAUGGAGGUGAAACAAUUAUUCCUUUCAGCUGUGCCUUGGAGAGAAACCUUGCUGAUAUGCCAGCAGAUGAAGCUGCAAAAUACUGUGAGGAAAACAAGGUGCAAUGUGCUCUUACGAAGAUAAUAAAGACAGGAUUUUCAGCGAUCAAUUUGAUAUACUUUUUCACAGCUGGCCCUGAUGAGGUCAAGUGCUGGCAGAUCAGAAGACAGACAAAGGCUCCUCAAGCUGCUGGGACUAUUCAUACUGAUUUUGAAAGAGGGUUCAUCUGUGCUGAGGUCAUGAAGUUUGAUGAUCUGAAAGAACUUGGGACUGAAUCAGCUGUCAAGGCUGCAGGGAAGUACAAACAGGAGGGAAAAACCUACGUUGUCCAAGAUGGAGACAUCAUAUUCUUCAAAUUCAAUGUUUCUGGUGGUGGCAAGAAGUGAAACAUGCUGCAUUUGCUUCUUCACUCAUUUUCAGUCCUGAUGAUUGCUUUGAGGUUGGUUAGGCGGUCUCCUCGCUUCGCUGAAAUAAUAUCGAUUUGUACUAUUAACGGGCGAUGUGCCUGCUUUUCGCGCAACACUCCCAGUGCUUAGUGAUCAAGUUAAGAUCCACUUUUGAGGGCUGCUGUGCACAAUGAUAUUGGGGGAUUUUUGUUGGCUCCCUGGAGAGUUCGAUUAGUGCAAGUGACCUUUUCUUCUCACUACCGUUAUUCUUUCUUAA